UCAGUGGCAGUUUGUGCUGUGGGCCUCGGAGAGCAAUUUUUCGAUCUUUCCUGCUCGGACGGAGUCCAGGAAGUUCUGAAAUUAUGGAUCAAUAUCAGUUUCAUUUCGCUGAGUGUUGACCCCGGGCAAAAGCAGAACACGUCCGGCUCGGGCAGAAUUCACCUGACGACAGUAUCAAAUUUCGCCCACUUGAAAGAUAGAAACGGAGGCUCCCGCCACGGCUUAAAACACACUGGGAAUCGGGACGGCAAGAGGAAACUGAACUUGAUUCCGGCUGGAAGCCUGGACGGUGCGGUUUGCGGAAUUGAUUUCAAGUAUUGACGACUCGUCACGAAUUGUUCCACGACGGAUGAGUUUAUCACGGACAAUAAUAGGCCUAUUAUUGCUGACUGAAGGUUUACCCGUGAUUGACUUCCAUCAUUUUUGGUGAACUGCUUACAUGUGCAAGUGUUUCUAUUGCCGAAUCUGACGGAGCUUCGUCGAAAUUGUGUAUGACUCCAUGAGCUUAUGGCUUACAAGUCGUGCCCACAUGUUAUAGUGCUGAGCACGAGGGGAGACUACGAGCAGUAGCUAGUUUCACUCUUUGAAUGUCAAGACUGCUUGAUUUAGUGUGGAUGUUAAUGUGUUUCAAAAAUGUCAACAGUGUUCAGUAAUUUGUCAGAUGCAGCCAUACUGUAUCUCAACGAUACGACCGCCGCCUCACCGAGCCUCGCCGGGGAAGGCUGGCCAACGCCGGUCCAGGUCAUCGUCGGUACGAUCGUCGCAGCCUUCACGCUGGUCACCAUCCUGGGCAACACCUCCGUCAUCUAUGCCUUCCUUCGCUCCAGCCGACUCCGGUCCUACAACAACUAUUACAUUGUCAGCCUGGCCGUGGCUGACCUGAUCGUGGGACUGACCACCAUGCCCAUGUACGGCCUGUAUUGGUUCCUGGGCUACUGGCCGCUGGGUCACGUCCUGUGCUCGUGCCAUCUGGUCAUCAGCCACUUUAUCCUCAACACGACAUUCCUAUCCGUCCUUGCAAUCGCCAUCGACCGUUUCAUGUCCGUCACCUACCCGAUCUUCCACAUCGAGCACCGCACAAGACGCUGCGCACUGGUGGUUAUCUCCCUGACGUACAUCGUGCCUCUGUCGAUAUGGUUGCCUUUUCUCUUGUACUGGGAGUUUGUCUACGACGGGCCGUUUUUCGUGCUGGACUACCGCUGCUACCCGCUGUACCUCAGCAACCUGUUCUACACCACGGGGGCAAUCCUGGUCCUGAACUGGAUCCCCAUCUUCGCGGUGAUGGUGGUGUACUUCAAGGUAUACCGGAGCGUACGCGGGAAGAUCGCCCGCCGGAGGGAGCGGCUGCGGGCCCUCCACGAGGCGGCGUGUCGACAAGAAGUCGACCGGGAAGACACCUCUCCCGAGUCGGCCCUGAAUGCCCGCAUGGUGCCGCCUACACGCCGGGACGCUAUUCCGACCAGGACCAAACAGGGACACGGGUUGUUUAUGCAGAUGCAGUGCGGAGCCCUGUGUGGCAUCGCCAUUGCCUCAGACUCGCAUUCGUCCGACGAAGCCGACUAUCGUCUCCCCGACGCUUGGCGUAAACCAACCUCCGAUACCAGUGAGUACAACUUCUCUGCAAACCCGAUGGCUCGUAGCACUGCCCAAUCAUCUAGCAGACAACGGAGUGACCCACGAUACUGGCUAAGCCCAAACUUGAGACGGUCGACUGCAUACACACGACACGAGGAGAGCAACCUCGCCCUCAGGACCCUGUCGCUCAUUGUAAUAUCCAUGAUGAUCUCCGGUUUGCCCUGGGCUAUCACAGCCGUCGUCAUUGUCAUCUGCCGAUACUGCAUACCACUCUUUGUGCAACAGAUGCUGGUGUUCCUGGUCCACACGAGCAGCGCUGUCAACCCUUUCUGCUACGCGGCCGCCAAUCCCUUGUAUCGGAUGGCGUUCCUGAAUGUCCUGAACUUGGCGUGCUACAGAGGGACAAACCGGCGGCACCUGCUGAUCCGAAGAUAGAUUAAUUGAUCGGUCAGAUCAACCUGUCGUCCCGAGUACAAUGGUCGACCUGAGCAAACUACAGGGUGACCCACAAAAUGCAACCAUU